AUAAUUGUUUACAAACAUGUCAUCGGGAAGUGAAGUUACAGCUGCUUUUAGAGAACUCUCUGGGAAUGAACCGGGGACUUUUCUCGAUGUAUCGGAACUUCUCCUGAAAUAUGUGAAUAAUGUGAUCAGGCAACCAGAUGUGACAAAGUACCGCUCCAUUCGUCUUGGAAACAAGAUGUUUGAGAAUCGGGUUUUGCCUGUCCAAGGAGCGUUGGAAUGUCUUUUUACUGUUGGAUUUGAGGAGGAUGAUGAAAACAUCACACUAAAGGAAAGCUCUCCUUUGGAUGGGCUGAGGAUAUUCCAGAGACUAUUAGCCCAGGAGCGGCUUGUUCUUAUAUCAAACCAGAUUAAUAAUCUCAUAUUUGUUCAGGCGACGGAACAGACAUUUUCUCAGAAGUUACAGAAUUCUUCGGAGCAUGUGAUGAAGUAUGAAGACCCUCUCCUCCAACAGAAGGCUCGUGAAAAGAUUCCAUUCCAAGACCUGAAGACAAAGGCAGAACAGAGACUUCGUAGAAUCUCGUCUGCUUCAUCGGAUGAUGAUGAAGGAAUUCUCCCUGAUUUCAGAGAUUGUCUCCUUCUGGAGCUCAUGAAGUGGUUCAAGGAGCGCUUCUUCCGCUGGAUGAAUUCUCCAAAUUGUAGUUCCUGUGGAGGACGGACCAGGGCUGUGGGAAAUCUACCGCCGACGACAGAGGACUUGCGAUGGGGGGCUGGCCAGGUAGAGGGCUACACUUGUCCUAGGUGCAAUACGAUGGAGAGAUUUCCAAGAUACAACAAUCCUGAAAAGUUACUGGAAACAAGAACAGGACGAUGUGGAGAGUGGGCAAACUGUUUCACCCUCUGCUGUCGAGCUCUUAACUUUGAAGCCAGACAUGUUUUAGAUUGGACAGAUCACGUCUGGACUGAAGUGUACUCCAAUUCUCAGAAGAGAUGGCUUCACAUGGAUCCAUGUGAGAACUGCUGUGAUAAACCACUGUUGUAUGAACACGGCUGGAAUAAGAAACUAUCCUAUAUCAUCGCAUUCUCUUUUGAGGAGGUGGUUGAUGUGACAUGGCGAUAUACUGCAAAGGAGCAAGAAGUAAUUGGAAGGAGGAAAGAAUGCAGAGAGAAAUGGCUGAUGGAAUCAAUAGCAAAACUCAACCAAAGGAGACAAGCAAACCAAACUGGAGCAAGGAGGAGAGAGCUUGAGGAACGGUUUGGCCAUGAGCUGGUAGAGUUCCUCUCACCUAAGACGAUACGAGAUGGAGAGGACCAAGGAAGAUUAUCAGGGUCUGCUGCUUGGAGGGUGGCCAGGGGAGAGAGUGGGGCUGGAGGAUUGUCAGAGAGCAGUCAGACAAAGUUUGUCUUUCGUCCAACUGAAUCCGAGAAACGUGAGAAGCUGAUCCAUGUUCGAUACAACACUGCUAGAGACAGGUACAUCAGGAUAUCAGAUGGCAAUCGGGAAACAGAGGAUUGGGAGAAAUGUGUGUUCAGCAGCAUCUGUAUGUUCAGGAAACAGGAGUUUGACUGGCAAAUGGUAUAUCUUGCUAGACAAGAAAAUACAGACAGGGGCUGGAUAUCCUGGAAGUUUGAUACGAGUGGGUCAGGUAUGGUGGUUGAUAAGGUCAAAGUUCGUGCUAGCAGCAAGACCUAUGAAAAUGCACAAGUCAAAUGGACAUUGGAGGGGGAUGGCAGUUCAACAAGUCUAAACGGAUCGGAUUCUAUUGUUGAAGUGACAGACUUAGCUGGAUCUAUUCAUCUGGAGUUGAAGGCAGAGUUAAGCGGAGGAUCAAUGUGGCAGCAUACACAGCUCUUCAGACAGGAAGACGGAGCGAACAAUGAAUACCCUCUAGAUAUCUCUAUCUACCUCAAAGAGGGUUAAAACAUUCUGCGUGGAAAGUCUGAUAACUAAUAUCUCUCUACGGUAUAACGGCAAUAUUAAUUACUGGUCCAAAGUCAAUUUUUUUUUUUUUCUCUAUGUGUGCAAGUAUGAAAUUAGUCAUAUAUAAUGUAAGGGUGUUUCUUAAAGCUGUGCUAUUUAUUAAAGCAAUGCAUGACUUAACAAUUGGAAUAUUAAAGAGAAAUGCCAGUAGUUGCAGUAAACACUGAUUUCAUGAGAAAGUCUGUAAAACCAGGUUUAAUUGUCAGUACAUGGAGGAUCUAGAUCACAUAAACUGAACUUUGUGAAAUCUUGAAAUCUACACUGAAAAAUGUUCACACUGAAGAUCACCAACACAG